UGCGAGGGUUGGUGGGCGUGAUAGGUGAAAGCUUCGAGUGUCAAAAAAGGGUUGCUGGAAGUUGCUGGUGAAGUUCAUAGCUGAAAGCUCAUCAUAAAUUAAAUCGAAUCGGGUCCGCGAAAAGUGUCACCAUGGGAAGUGUGGGAAAGGUGGAACAGUCUUCCCGGAGGAUGCUGAGCAAUCAGAGUAGUAACGACUCGAUGGAAAUGCAGAAAAGGUGUCGCCUGGCGGAGAAGUGGACCGCCGUACUGUUUACCGUUGUCGCAUCGCUCGGUUACUUGUCCGUCGGAACGAUGGUGGCCUGGAGUUGCAAUGCUUUCACCAAGGUGUACAUCAAUUUGGACGAUCUGACGCAGCAGCGUUUGACACUGACGCGGGGUGACGAGCUUUCGCAAAAUCAGCGUACGUCCCUGGCGGCGACUCCGGCCCUGGCUGCAGCGAUUGCGGCGGUCGUCGUCUACAAGCUGUACUACAAGGUGGGCACCAAGUUGUUUAUGCUGAUGGCGGCCAGCUUGAUGAUCGCCUCCAACUGUUUGCUGAGCUUUGGGACGUCGUUUUGGUUCUUCAGUGCCGGCCGGGCGCUGGCGGGAAUUUCCGCCGGGAUUUGCUACACGCUGAUUCCGCCGUACGUGGACGAGUUCGGUUCGAAGCAGUUCAAACCGCUGCUGGACAGCGUGCUGUACGUGCAGUUUGCGCUGGGGAUUCUGAUUCAGCUGAUGUCCGAUCUCAUCCCCAUCACGGAGUUCUCCAGCGUGAUAAGCUCGGCCUUCCCGAUAUUCCUAUUCAUCGGGUUCCUCUUCCUGCCGGAAUCGGCCCGGUACCUGUGUGCGACCCAGCAAGUCAACCACGCCCGGGCCGUCCUGAAGAAAACCCACACCAAUGAUGCCCUCUCGAUCCAGGUCAUGGAGAAUAACCUGAACCACUGGCAGCAGUGCAAGUACAUGGCCGUGCCGCUUCUGGAAUCGCUUCGAAAACUGCAAAACUCCCGUAUCGUCUAUCCCACCAUCUUGCUGAUCGUGUUCCAGCAGUUCACCGGAGCCAUCCCGGCGAUGUUCUACCUCACCCGGAUCUUCACCCUUAGCCACGGGGAGUAUAGUCCGGAAUGGACGGCGAUCUACGUGGCCGGAAUCUUUACCAUCAGCAUCCCGGUCUACCGGUUGCUGAAUUUCAAAAUCGGUGACUACAAGCUGCUCUUGUGGAGUUCGUUCCUGAUGGCCACAGCGAUGGCCGGUCUCGGCUGGCAUUGCCACGUUCAGGGCAUGCGAGGCCACUCGGACGAAUACGGCCACAUUCCUUUGCUAUGCUCCGGAAUCUUCAUCUUCCUGUACGCCAUCGGCUUCCAGCGACUUCCUUGGAAGUGGCUCGACGAAAGUCUGGAGGAGGAGAACGUCUUUCCACUGAGGACAAUCGCCACCGCCAUCAGCUGGGCUUCGCUGUACGUGUGCGUCCGGUUGGUACCGACCCUGGUUACUUUCAUCGGCGUCGGGUGGCUGUUCUGGAACAUGAGCAUCGUUCUGCUGUUUGGCGCGCUGUUCAUCAUGGUGGUCAUCCCCAAUCUGGACCGGAGUGCGAUCCAGAGCAAAACCCUUGCCGAGUGUAGCAGCUCGUCGUCGUCGUCGAAUUUGGAAGCGAUGGAACAUGUGGUGUGAAUGAUGUGGGAGGAAUCGUGCAAGAGGAGAAACUGCUAUUUAAGACUGAUUGAUGCACUCACACUCAAUUUUUACCGUUGAUAAGCGGGCGGACGACGAGAUGGUCGAUAGGAGGUAAGUAGAUUUUACGACAUUUGUGUUUAGUGUGUAAGCGAUGGUAGC